AUGGUGGAUGCCAGCAUGCUCCAGAAGGAAUGGGUGUCUCUCAUAGAAAGGUACUGUUCAGUGUGCAACGAUGCCUCACUGCCGCAGGAGGGAUCUCAAGGAUGCAUCUCCCCUGAAGCAGAUUAUGAGGAAUUUCCUGUACCUCUGAGUGAGCAGAAAGAGGAGACCCUUUAUGUCAGGGUGAACUCUGCAUCAACCAGUCCGAACAAGUCUUCAAGCCUCCAGACAAAGCUUGCAGAGGAGGAAGCAGUCCCAGCAUCACCACCUCUUCCACUUCCCAUCAAUAAGGCAGAAGUACCACCAGCCCCACCUGUGUUCCCACAGCCCUGCAGUGGGAGAACAGAGGGGUCAAAGAGAACCAAAGCCUUUCACUGGGAUGUUGUUCCUUGUGAUAAGAUUCAAAAAUCUGUCUGGGCAUCAUGUGACCCAGGCAGGAGAAAAAUAGAUCUAUCCAGGCUCUGUGAUCAGUUCCAGAUGCAGGACAUGAUGGUGUUUUCAGGCAAUGAACCUUCAAUGAAUCAACACAUCAUGUUAGAUGCAAAAAUUGCACACAACUUCAACAUUUUUCUUAAAAGUUUCCGUAUCAAGCCAAGUGAGCUGAAAGACAGACUAUACAUUAUACAUGAAGAGAGUGGUGGACUUACAGAUGAGCAGAUUACAGCACUAAGAAGAUACAUGCCAACACCAAAAGACACAGAAAGGUACAGGUCGUUCAGGGGGUCUCCUUCAGAGCUGCAUGUGGUUGAUCAGUUUAUGUUAGAGAUGUGUAAGAUCCCCCACUUAGGCCAGAGGCUGGAUCUCCUGCUUACCGUACGUGAGCUCCCCAUGAGCAUGAAAGAUUUGGAGCCUCUAAUAAACCAGAAAAUCCAAGCGAGUAAACAGCUGCAGUCCAGCCAGAAAUUUGUUGCUGUUUUGGAGUACAUUUUAGCCAUUGGAAACCAUUUAAAUGAAAGGGCUGGAAAAGAAAAGGCUAAAGGAUUUAGACUGUCAUCUUUGACCAAAUUACCUCUGUUGAAGGGUAAAGAGAGGGCAUUCACCUUGCUUCAUGCCCUUGUGGAACAGAUCUUCUUACAUGAGCCUGAUCUGGCCAAAUUUUCUCAGGAGUUGACAGAAUUUGAAGCUGUUCCUGAUGCUUCCAUGAAGGGCCUCUGUGCUGAAGUUGAUGUUUUAAAAAGAGAAUUGGAAAAUGUUAUUCAGUGCAGGAGGCUUAUUAAACCCAAGUCAGCCAAGACAACACCCCAGGAAUCACAGUUCUGCAAGGAACUAAAGGAUUUAAUUCAGAAAUAUGAAGAGGAUCUAUCUCAGCUGUCAAAGAGAUGUGAUGAAAUGAAGAAGCUUUAUAGCAACAUACUGGUAAAAUUUGGGGAGCCACAAGACCUAGACUCUCAGGAACUAUUUGGAUGGAUAUCUUCAUUCAUUAGUGAGUUUAGGAGAGCCUGUGCUGAAGUUGUGCCAUAAGGACAACACAAACCUUGUAAAGAGGUGAGGGAAAGAGAA